AUCCUGAUCAUCCGAGCAGCAAAGCAGAAGGGCAUCCAGGUCACAUGUGAGGUCGCACCUCAUCACCUCUUCCUCUGUGAGGAAAACAUUCUGGAUAUCGGCGGCGGACGAGCGCAGGUCCGACCCAUGCUGGGAACACAUGAGGACAUGGAGGCUCUUUGGGAAAACCUAGACAUCAUAGACUGCUUCGCCACGGACCACGCUCCCCAUUCUGUGGAGGAGAAAAACGGGGACGCUCCUCCUCCAGGUUACCCCGGCCUGGAAACCAUGCUGCCGCUGCUGCUGACCGCCGUCAGCGAUGGACGUCUCACUCUGGAUGAUAUCAUCAAACGUCUUUACGACAACCCACGCAGGAUCUUCAACCUGCCAGUCCAGGAAAACACCUAUGUGGAGGUGGACUUGGAGCAGGAGUGGGUUAUUCCUCAGGCCAUGCAGUUCACCAAGUCAAAGUGGACACCUUUCCAGGGUCUGAAAGUGAAGGGUAAAGUCCGCCGCGUGGUACUACGAGGAGAGGUGGCCUACAUCGACGGGCAG